GUAUAACUCGACCAUACAACGAUUUAUCAGUUGGUAUGAAGGAGAGCCUUGGAUUAAAGGAACACCAGCUUAUAAAGACAUGCAAUUUGCGCGUAAAAUGCAUUUAAUGAUACAAUCAAAAUUGUGUGAGCUCGAUGACGAGCAAAUCGACAACGAGUCCAAAAUCGCGAAGUUAUGGUGCCCGGAUCGUGAGUUGUUUCUACAGGAUUUCGCCGCGGCGUGUCCACUUGAGAAAGACGGACAACGUCCUUCCGUUCUGAUUUACAAAUCGCCAUUCAAACCGAAAGGCAUAAAUAACGCGGACAUUGCAGGAUUACAAUUCGGCUUCAUAAGUUUAGUUUUGCUUUGUCCGCAAUUGAUUGGAGUGCAUAACGCGACCGAUGAAAACAUCGAGGCCUUUUGCCAUAUGUGGAGAUGUUAUGGAUAUUAUCUCGGGAUGGAAGAUAGGCACAACUUCUGUCGCGGCAGUCUCGAGGAAAUAAAGCAGCGUGCACGAGAUAUUUAUCAAUAUUGGGUAUUGCCUAAUCUUAAGGAAGUUACUCCCGAAUGGGAGCACAUGACGAGAUGUAUCGUCGAACCACUGAAUUACUAUCCCUUGAUCUCCUUUGGUCUAAUGCCUUAUAAGAUGAUGGCAUUACUCGCUAUGGAUGCGUUAAAUAUAAGUAUGCCGCACUUGUAUGCGUCAAUGAGUUAUGCAGAAUGGAUUACUUAUAAAAGCUGGAGAUUUAUAUUGGGCUACGUUUUAAAAUUCUCAAGUUUCCGAGUAAUUUUUAAUAAAGUUGUUCGCAAAAUAUUUGAUCAAGCGACGAAUUUUAGUCCAGAGAAAAAAGCUGAACUCCAAGAAAAAUCGGAAAAGCAGUUAUCAAAGUUUUUUACUGUGGAUUGAUAGUGAAGCGCGAUUGUAUCGUAUAAUUUUGAAAAUACCACAAUUUAAAUACCGUUUCUUUUAUAUACGCUUUUUGACGAAUUGAUUAAGAAUAAAGCGUAUCAUCAAUUUGUAAAAUAUCUAACUAACAAAGAUACAUCAUAUUUAUUUUUUCUUUUAGCAGCAAUUG